CGCCCGCACGCCCGCCACCGCCUGCCGGCCCCGCCGAGCAGCCAUGGCCGCGCCGCGGGAGCUGCCAGACGAGCUGCUGCCUCGGGCCAGCCCCGGGUCCCAGUGGUUCGGGGAUCGGGAGGAAGGGGAGGACCCGGCGGAGAUGCUGCGAGGGGCCAGGCCCGAGCCGCCGGAGGGGGACCCCGGCUGGGGCUCGGGCACCGGGGCGCCGCGGGAGCAGGGCGCGGGCCCCGCCCGGCCGCCGCCCGUUGCCAUGGAAACUGCAUCCACAGGUGUGGCUGCGAUCUCCCUGGAUCACUCCUUUACAAUGACGCCAAAGGAUGAAGAAGGAGCAUGUUACACAUCUCUGAUUUCUGACAUGCGCACCUCGCCCCAUGAGGAUGCGACAUAUUUCACUGGGAGUUUUCAGAAGGAAAAUGGCCACAUCACCAGUUCAGAGAGCCCCGAGGAGCUGGGGUCUCCUCGACCCCCCUUACCAGAUGUGCCUGGGAUGGAGCCUCAUGGCUUGUUGAGUUCCGAUUCUGGAAUAGAGAUGACUCCCGCUGAGUCCACUGAAGUGAACAAGAUUCUAGCAGAGCCCUUGGACCAGAUGAAAGCAGAAGCCUGUAAGUACAUUGACAUUGCAAGGCCGGAGGAGGUGAAAUGUCAGGAGCAUCGUCAGCCUGAGCCGGGAAAUAAAGACUUUGACUUUAAGAACAAGGACAGUGACAUCUCCACAAAACCAGGAGGGAUUCGGGAACCUGACAAACCAGCUCCUGUGGAGGGAAAGAUCGUCAAGGACCACUUGUUUGAAGAGUCGACCUUUGCUCCUUACAUAGAUGAUCUCUCCCAGGAGCAGCACAGCGCUCCCCUGAUCAGUGCCCCCAUCAAGAUCACACUGACCGAGAUCGAACCUUCUGUCGCAACCGCAACUGCAAUCCAAGAAAAGAGCCCCGAGAAGCAAGAUCUCUGCCUGAAGCCAAGUCCUGACACAGUCCCCACUGUCACCGUCUCAGAGCCUGAAGACGACAGCCCCGGAUCUGUCACUCCUCCAUCUUCUGGAACAGAACCAUCUGUUGCGGAGUCCCAGGGGAAAUGCAGCAUCUCUGAGGAUGAGUUGAUCACUGCCAUUAAAGAAGCCAAAGGGUUAUCCUAUGAAACGGCAGAGAGCCCACGGCCGGUGGGGCCGGUGGCCGACAGAGGGGAGCCCAAGGCCAGGUCUGGGCUGCCCACCAUCCCCAGCCCUCUGGACCAGGAGGCGAGCAGCGCUGAGUCGGGAGACUCGGAAAUUGAGCUGGUGUCAGAGGACCCCACGGCCGCCGAAGAUGCGCUGCCCUCCAGCUAUGUGACCUUCGGCCACGUGGCCGGGCCGCCCCCCUCGCCAGCAUCCCCGUCCAUCCAGUACAGCAUCCUGCGGGAGGAGCGCGAGGCCGAGCUGGACAGCGAGCUCAUCAUCGAAUCCUGCGAUGCCUCCUCCGCCUCCGAGGAGAGCCCCAAAAGAGAGCAGGACUCGCCCCCCGUGAAGCCAGCUGCCCUGGAUGCCAUCCGGGAGGAGACCUGCGCCCGCACGGAGGAGCGCACGCCCAGCCCGCAGGGCCCUGCGCAGCCCGACCCCUUCCUCCACUUCCCCUCCACCGACCCCCACACCAGCCCCGAGCCGUCUUCUGCAGACCAAGCCCCCGAGCCGGAGGAGCCCACCUUGCUGUGGAAACCCGCAGAAACAGCAGCGAGCUCCAACCAAAGCCCCGCAGCCCCGCAGGUCCCUGCGCCUCCAGGUCUUGGCAUGGCACCCUCGCUGCUGCAGCUCCUCAAUAAGCAAAAAGCUAUUGACCUGCUGUACUGGCGGGACAUCAAGCAGACGGGGAUUGUGUUUGGGAGCUUCCUGCUGCUGCUCUUCUCUCUGACCCAGUUCAGCGUGGUGAGCGUCAUCGCCUACCUGGCCCUGGCUGCGCUCUCGGCCACCAUCAGCUUCCGCAUCUACAAGUCUGUUUUACAAGCUGUACAGAAAACCGAUGAAGGCCACCCUUUCAAGACUUACCUAGAGCUUGAGAUCACCCUGUCCCAGGAGCAGGUCCAGAAGUACACAGACUGCCUGCAGCUGUAUGUGAACAGCACGCUGAAAGAACUCCGAAGGCUCUUCCUUGUCCAGGACCUGGUGGAUUCCUUAAAAUUUGCAGUCCUGAUGUGGCUUCUGACUUAUGUUGGCGCUCUCUUCAAUGGCCUGACCCUGCUGCUCAUGGCUGUGGUUUCAAUGUUCACUCUACCUGUAGUCUACGUCAAGCACCAGGCACAGAUUGACCAAUAUCUGGGACUUGUGAGGACUCACAUAAAUGCUGUGGUGGCAAAAAUUCAGGCUAAAAUCCCAGGAGCCAAAAGGCACAUGGAGUAAAUGGACAUCCCAGCAAGAACAGAACACAAACAGGGAUGUCUGCCGUGGUAACCGCCCUCUUUUGACUCGUUACUGCAAAUCAAUCAUUUUUCCCUCCCAGUUACCAUACUCUUAGAGGCAAACCUUAAAACAGCUGUUUUUAGGCUGUUCUGUACUCUUAGAAUAUUUGAGUCACUUGUGUCAAGCACUAAAGUAUAGAGAAAAGUGUAUUAGAUGUGGUUUUUAAUUUUGUGUUGCUAAAAAACAAAAAAGUGCAUGAUGGUGAGAGCCCAUGUUAUCUUUUCUUCUAUGGUGUUCUCCUCCUCUUCCUCUCCCUUCUCCUCCUCUUCCUCUCUGCAAUGCUUCUGUAGCUUCUAACCCGCAGCUAGUCCUCUCCUGCCCAGUGAGCUGACGCAAUAGUGGAAAUCGCUUAUAUGUCCUUGGGUUGCUGGUUGGAUUAAUCUUUAAUAACACUAUAUAGAAUUGUAGACUGAUGUUUUAGCAUUUUUCCAACACAUACAACAUAAAAAAUAUAAUUUAAAAAGCAGUUGAUGGUAAUCAGUUUUGUAUAACUUAAAAUAAUUAAAUGAAUACACCCCAACAUGAACACACAGUCCUUUUGUUGUAUGGGAUGGAUGGGCUGAUUUACAUGUAUGGUCACUCAAAAGUUACCAGCAUGUUAACUUUAUUACAAUUUGUAUUACUUUCUCUGUAGUUCCUAAUGGACUUAAUUAUGGACUCUGGAUAUUUGCACUUAUGUACUUGAUACUGAAUGCAUAAAUAAAUGUUACUAAAUGUAGAAAGUU